GAGCAAAGCAGGCGAGGGAGGUGGUGGAGGGGGUGGAGCUGCAUCUACUGCCGGCCAUGAACCCCGAUGGCUUCACGCUGCACACCAGGGAGAACGCCAACCGAGUCGACCUCAACCGCGCCUUCCCUGACCAUUGGUUCGCGGAGAUGAAUGCGGAGGAGGCGGGGCGGCAGGCGGAGGUGCGCGCCGUGAUGCGGUGGACACAGCGCCACCACUUCAGCGCCUCUGCUAGCCUGCACGGGGGAGCACUGGUGGCGAGCUAUGCAUGGGACGGCACUAAGGACAAAGGGUACCGCCCUUGCCCACCCCAACCAUGUGCUGCCAUGCAUCGCCCUAAACCCAUCUCUCCACUUCUCAUCUUCAUCCCACAAACCCAUCUCUCCACUUCUCAUCUUCAUCCCAUAAACCCAUCUCUCCACUUCUCAUCUUCAUCCCAUAAACCCAUCUCUCCACUUCUCAUCUUCAUCCCACAAACCCAUCUCUCCACUUCUCAUCUUCAUCCCAUAAACCCAUCUCUCCCAUUCCAACUCCCCCAUCCUCUUCCCUCACCCCCAACAACCCCCUCCCGCCAAACCCCCUCGCCCCCGUGCCACCAGAGCAGCACGCACUACGCUGCAUCGCCAGACGACGCCACAUUCCGUCUGAUGGCCACCACCUACGCCACCGCCCACCCCUCCAUGGCGCUCUCGCGUGACUUCCCCGGCGGCAUCACCAACGGCGCCUCCUGGUGGGCAGCAGAGAGGGGGGAGAAGAGGGUUGGUGUGGUAGGGGGAGGGUGGGUGGGGAUGGGGGGCCUCCUCCAUGCCUCGCCCAUGCCCACCCACACCUACCCCAUGCCUCCCUCCCCUAUGCCUCCCCCAUCCCUCCGCCAUGCCUCCUCCAUGCCUCCCCAAUGCCUCCCCCAUGCCUCCCCAAUGCCUCCCCCAUGCCUCCCCCAUGCUCCGCCAUGUCCCGACCAUGCGGCCAUGUGUACGCACCCGCCCAUGCUCACAGGCCCUUCCUCGUACGCCCUCGCUCUUCCUCGUAUACCCUCGCUCUUCCUCGCAUGCCCUUGCCCUUCCUCGUACGCCCUCGCCCUUCCUCGUACGCCCUCGCCCUUCCUCGUAUGCCCUCGCCCUUCCUUGUACGCCCUCGCCCUUCCUCGUACGCCCUCGCCCUUCCUCGUACGCCCUCGCCCUUCCUCAUAUGCCCUCGCCCUUCCUCGUACGCCCUCGCCCUUCCUCGUACGCCCUCGCCCUUCCCCGUACGCCCCUUACCGCCUCCACCCUCUUGCCGCUGCUCUUCUGCCUCAGCUGUGGGAGGAGCACCGACCGGCCCUGCUCGCCCUCCUCACCACCACUGCCAAGGUGAUGGCAUCAAAGCGCUUUGGGGACUUUUACCGCCUGCUGCCGCCAGGGAACUACACAGGGCACGUCGCUGCAUGCCUCCCUCUUGUCUCUAACUCCCACUCCCCUGCCGCUGCCCGUCCCCCCUUGCUUCCACGUGCCCCCCUCUACGUGCCAGUGACCAUAUCACACGCGGGGCACGUCAACCACACCACCAACGUCACAGUGCUCGCAGGCCGCCCCACGCUGCUACACGUCCUGCUCCGCACCUCCUCCCCCCCCUCCCUCCACGCCCCCUCCAUCUUUCAAACCCGCUCCUUGCCCCCACCGCCCCCCCACCCCUCGGGGCUCGCCGCCUGGCUACCCUGGCACUGGGGCAGCAAGAGAGGAGACGCCACGGAAAAGCAGGGAGUGAGGAAGGGGGGAGGGCAGGGAGGCAGGGCAGGGGGGGCAGAUGAUCCGUCUCUGGUGCUGCCUUCACGGCAGCAGGCAGCAGCAGCGGCGGCAGCAGGGGGGGUGUUGAGUAGUGAUGAGGUGAUGUGGGCGGUGGGCAUGGGAAGCAGUGCAGCGCUGGCGGCAGCAGUGGUGGCGGUGGUGCUGCUGGGCGGGCUGCUCAUGAUGGUGGGCCACCGCCGCCGCCGCUUUCUCUUCUCCCACCGGGGGCUGCCUCUACGCUCGCUGCCGAAAGUGUGA